UGCUUAGCGCCCGACUAAUUCUGUCACAGUCCCUGAAGGGCCUACCGUCCAGAGCACCCUACAGCACCCACUCCCCAGAGCACCCUACAGCACCCCCCAGAGCACCUUACCCGCAACCACUCUUCAGGGCACCCUUCAGAGCGUAUUACCCGCUCCCUCCAGAGCACCCCACAGCACCCACUCAGCGGAACGUCUCAGACAUUGGAUCAGAUGAUACCAGUAGUAGCUCCGGCGGCGGAUAUUUUGUUAUAGCAGAACGUCUCAGACAUCGGAUCGGAGAUUUACCUCUCUAUGUGCGACCCGACGGAGCAUCUCACACUUGAUGACAUAUUUUCAGACCUGAGCCAGCACCUGAACAAGACCUAAAUCAACCUCCAACGACAAGACAGUGGCGAGAGACCAUUUUUAUCUUGGUUUAUCUCUCUGAGCGGAGAUUUUACCUGGACGACACAAAAGGCUUGCAAGGAUGGCAAGAUGGCCAGAGCGGAUCGGAUUUCUGGCUUGGCUCUUUUCGAGACUUCAGUGAUUAAGUCCAGUGGGGUGUAUAUUUGGCGGGUGGAAGAUGUACUCUAUCGUGUACUAGCACACUUAUGCUGGCUCGCGUCCGGUUCUCGCACGCUCGUAGUUGCUAGGAUGUGUAUGGUAGAACCAGAUCUGAGCUCGCACACACACGGGCCGGGCUAAUUGUUUUGGAGCGGCUGUGCUGGAUCGAGUGUGUCAAAGCAAGUGUAC